AUGGAGAAUAUCAUCUUUGCUGUCGACGAGCUGACCGAAAAGGAGAAGUGGGCGAUCAGUUACAAUAAAUCAGAAAUGAUUCUCAAAUGCUCGUUCAAUGGACAAGAAUGCAAAGUCGAUGAAGAGUUCAAAGCAUUCCUUGAUCCGACCUAUGGGGCCUGUUUCACCUACGUUGGACGGGAAUCCGCUGCAAAUAUCACUAACGAAAGAGCUGGACCAGCAUACGGUCUGCGCCUCGAACUGUUCGUCAAUAUAUCCGAGUACUUGCCAACAACAGAAGCAGCCGGUGUUCGCCUCACCGUGCAUGCCAUCGAAGAGCAGCCAUUCCCAGGAUACUUUGGGACACUCUGCCCCUACUGGAUUUGUCAGUAG